AUGCAAACUGCUUCCACAAACAUUUGUGAAAGACUGUGCAAUAAGUCCAUCCGUGAAUUUUUCUUUCUACUAAAUAUUCCACAGUCAACUGUUAGUGGUAUUAUAACAAAGUGGAAGCAACUGGGAACAAUAUCAACUCAGCCACAAAGUGGUAGGCCACGUAAAAUGACAGAGCGGGGUCAAUAGCGAAAGACCUCCAAACUUCGUAUGGCCUUCAGAUUGGCACAACAGUGCAUAGAGAGAUUCAUGGAAUGGGUUUUCAUGGCUGAUCAGCUGCAUCCAAGCCUUACAUCACCAAGUGCAAUGCAAGCGUCAGAUGGAGUGG